AUGGAGAACCCUGAAAAUGUGUUGUAUCCGAGUGAGGAGAUGAUGGUCCGCCUGGUGGAGGAACAAAUUUGGUGCGGCUAUGAAGGCAUUGAGCCAUCAGUUAAAAUUCCCUUAGAAAACGAAAAUAUCACCUAUUUGCGCGAAACCCUUUUUCCUACUCUUAUUCCGGCGCUCUAUGAUUUAGUGAGGCGUGAGCAGCGGCGACUUUCUCAACCGUGUGCGUUUCCCGACCGAUACCAGACAACAGGAAAUACUAAUCCAGUGACCUGGCUAGCGCAGUACCUUCUUCGCAACAAUACGUAUCAUAGUACGAAUCUUCGCAACCAUCCUUAUGUAUUGGUCAACAAUGAGGUGAUAAGGAAGCAAAAGGAGGCCAGAAAAGCUGCCGAUUCUUAG